UUUGCUGCUUCCAUGGCCGACGAGGGGUCGUCGCGCGCCGCCGAGCUGAUCGUGCCGUUGCCCGCGCCGGAGCUUCCGUCGCCGCCGCGGAAGCCGCGGGGUCGGCCUCUGGGAUCCAAGAACAAGCCCAAGCCACCGGUGGUCGUGACGCGGGAGAGCGAGGCGGCGAUGCGACCCGUCGUGCUGGAGCUCGACGCGGGCUGCGACGUGGCAACUGCGGUCGCCGCGUUCGCGCGCCGCCGCUGCGUCGGCGUGUCCGUGCUGUGCGGCCGUGGCACGGUGGCCACCGUCACGCUGCGGCUCCCAACCUCACCGGCGACCGCCGUGACGCUGCACGGGCGGUUCGAGGUACUGUCUCUGUCCGGGACGGUGGUGCCUUCGGCGGCCGGAGAAGGCGCCGCGCCACCGCCGUUCUCGGUGUCUCUAGCCGGGGCAGGCGGGCAGGUGAUCGGUGGCACGCUCGCCGGGCAGAUGACGGCUGCGGACGGGUUGGUGGUGGUGGCCGCCACAUUCGGCAGCGCCGAGGUGCACCGGCUGCCUCCUGCUGAGGACGAGGAGGUCGCCGAACGACGCAGUGGUGAGGAGAGGAGGCAUCCACAUCAGCAUCAGCCGCAGCCGUCGCCGCAGAAACCAUUCGCGGCUGCGAGCGCCGUCGACGUGGGAGUGGGAGCACUGCCCCGUGGCUAUGGCGGCGCUGUCGUGGGGCUGGCUGGCACUGGCGGUGCGAGUGGAGGGCAGGUGGGCCGCCGUCACCAGCAGGCCGAGAUGGUCUUGUGGGCCCAAGCGCCAGGUUCGGUUGGCCCGGCCCAUCCUGCCGGCCAGAAAGGCAGUUAA